AUGUAUGGUGGAAUAUCACAGCAAAAACAGCUGGAGAAAUGCUGGGAGGAUGAAUUGAAGAAAUCCGAGCUGGCGUCCAGAGCUAAGGACUUUGAAAUUCAUGUUCUUGAGAUGGGAUUUGGUGAAGUGGGGAAUGAGCCCAUUGAAAAUGUUUAUUUUUACAGCAAGAAUAAGCAAAACAAAGCCUUCAAGAUGGAGAAGUACCAGGUGUCCAGUCUCAAGCCAAGGAAGUUUCAUGAAUGGCUUGUAAGGGUCUAUUACAAUCCAAAGGGUCUGAAGAGUCUGGUCCAGCAGAAAACUGAGGACGAUGAGCGAAAGAAUCAGGAGAUUGAGCGAAAGAAUCAGGAGAUUGAGCGAAAGAAUCGGGAGAUCCAGCAGAAAGCUGUGAACUUCUUUCAUAAGUGGUGCAAAAAUAAAGACUUCAUUGAUUCAGUGUGGGAGGAUAAAGAUCUGUCUGAUCAGCAUGACUCCAGUGACAGCGAAAAAACAAGUUCAUCGACACAUGGUGCCGCUGCUCCUGCUGCUAUUGAAGAGGAUAAAGAUCAAACUUCUGUUCACAAGAUUUUCCAGGACCCGAUUCAUGGUCAGAUUGCGCUGCACCCCCUGCUGGUGAAGAUCAUCGACACUCCUCAGUUUCAGAGACUCCGAAACAUCAAACAACUGGGAGGAACAUAUCUGGUGUAUCCGGGAGCCACUCACACUCGCUUCGAACACUCCAUUGGUGCGGCAUAUUUAGCAGGACGUCUGCUCAAAGUUCUGCAAGAGAAACAACAGGAGGAUCUUGAAAAGAACCAGAAGGAUCUUAAAAAGAAACAUAAGAAUAAAAAACAGAAGCUGGAGGAUGAAAAACAGAAAAAUCUUCUGGAGAAGCAGAAGAUACUGGAUAACGACAUAUUGUGUGUCCAAAUUGCUGCUCUGUGCUAUAAUUUAGGACAUGGUCCGUUCUCUUACGUGUUCAAAAGAUCAAUGAACAAGAUCAAUCAACAAGUCCCGACUGAUGAAACAUGGGAGCACAAGGUGGCGUCACAUUCUUUGUUUCAGGACAUAGUAAAGGAAAAAAAACUGAUAAGUGAUCUGAAUGAUCUCAACUUUAUUAAAAAGUUAAUGGGGGUUGAUAUUGCAGAUCAAAAGGCACAGACAGGGAGGCCUGAGGAGAAGGAUUUCCUGUACGACAUUGUGGCAAAUAAAAGGAACGAAAUUGAUGUGCGCAAAUGGGACUAUUUAGCAAGAGACUGUCAUUACCUUGGCAUCCCAAACAGCUUUGACCAUGAGCGCAUUCUGAAAUCUGCUCGAGUGUGUGAUGUGAAGGGGAAGAAUCACAUCUGCUUCAGAGACAAGGUGGCAGAUAAUGUUUAUGACAUGUUUCACACCCUAUACACCCUGUAUCUCCAGGCCUACCAGCACAAGAUCGUCAACAUCAUUGAAGACAAAAUCGCAAAUGCCAUCUUGGAAGCUAAAGACACACUUAAGAUCCCACUUAAGAUUUCAGAAUCCUCUUCACAAGAUGAAAAGAUGAGGUUCAUUAAACUGACUGAUCACAUCUUUGAGGAGAUCUUGUACUCCACUGAUGACAAGCUGAAAGGCGCCAGAAGAGAGCUUGAGGAUAUUGUGAGGAGACGCCUGCCAAAGUGUGUGGGAGAGACCAGAAUAACAAAAGAGGAAGAGACCAUCUUUGCUCGUAACUGGAAUGAAGCAGUGGAUGAAUGGAACGAAAGUCACCCGAAUGUGUUCUUGGAUAAGAAGGAUUUCAGCACUGAUGUAAUUCCACUGGAAUAUAAUAAGAAUCGUAAAAACCCCAUCAACAGUGUCUAUUUCUACAAGAAGCAGAAUCGUACUAAAGGCUACAAGAUUGAGAAAUAUGAGGUAUCCAGUCUGAUGUCAGAGAAGUUCACUGAAUAUGUUGGUAGGGUUAACUACACAAAGAACUCUGAUGAGGAGGAGAAGGACGCUAAGGAGUGCUUCAAGUGGUGGCGUGAGUGUGUGAUUCAGGUCUACAAUAAAGAAGACUUUAAAGGGAACAACUGCUUUAUCACAGGGGACUGUCCAUCUUUGGACCUGUGUGGUAUAAAAGAGGUUCGCUCUUGUAAGGUUAUCAAAGGCGUCUGGAAGCUCUAUAAGGGUCGUGACUACACCGAGCCCCAUUACCUUCUGAAGGUGGGGGAGUAUCCCACUCUGGCUCAAAUGGGCCAACCCCCCAAACCUGCGCAGUCUCUAAAACGAGUGACAUCAUUUCAGAUCCAGCUCUAUGAACAGGAGGGAUUUGAAGAGCCAAUGCAUGUCACCACAGUUGACUGUCUUUCUGUGGAGGACCGGUUUGGUAUGAAUGCCGUUCGCUCCUGUAAAGUGAACAAAGGCGUCUGGAAGCUCUAUGAGGGUCGUGGCUACACCGAUCCCCAUUACCUACUGAGAGAGGGGGAGUAUCGCGAUCUUGUUGAAAUAGGCGGCGCCAAACCUGCGCAGUCUCUAAAACGAGUGACAUCAUUUGAGAUCCAGCUCUAUGAAAAGGAGGGUUUUGAGGAGCCAAUGCAUGUCACCACAGUUGACUGUCUUUCUGUGAAGGACCGGUUUGGUAUGAAUGGCGUUCGCUCCUGUAAAGUAAACAAAGGCGUCUGGAAGCUCUAUGAGGGUCGUGGCUACACCGAGCCCUAUUACCUACUGAGAGAGGGGGAGUAUCCCACUCUGGCUGCAAUGGGCGCCACCAACCCUGUGCAGUCUCUAAAACGAGUGACAUCAUUUCAGAUCCAGCUCUAUGAAGAGAAGAGUUUUGAGGAGCCAAUGCAUGUCACCACAGUUGACUGUCCUUCUGUGGAGGACCAGUUUGGUAUGAAUGGCGUUCGCUCCUGUAAAGUGAACAAAGGGGCCUGUAAGCUCUAUGAGGGUCGUGACUACACCGAUCGCCAUUACCUACUGAGUGAGGGGGAGUAUCCCAAUCUUGUUGAAAUAGGCACCGCCAAACCUGUGCAGUCUCUUAAACGUAAACGUGAGAGAGAGUAAAGUCUGACCGGUUUUAAUCUUUAAAGCACGGUUGUCAAUUUCAAGCAUUGAUUUAAUAUAAUUUUAAUAGAACACAAUCAAUGGUUUACUUUGUGGCCAAAAUUAAUUUUUUUUAGUUUUUGUUUUCUUAUUUAGUGAAAAAAGGUGGAUCAGGAUCAAAUCUAAAGUUAUACAGGGUUGGAAUGACAUGAGUGUGAAUAAACUGUUUAUUACUUGGCAUAUCAUGCAAUUAAUUUGGUUAACAACCCUUCUCUGAACUGCCGAAGUCAUGGCACAUGCAUCGAUGUCAGCUUUUGUGAAUAGACCUUAUUACAGAGAUGCAGAUGACAAAAAUAAAUAAAUAAAUUACAAGUACAAAUACUUGAUGCGUUUCUUUACAUUUACAGUAGGAUAUUUGGGUAUAAUGGCUGAUUUAUAAUAUUGUCUGAGUAGCUUUAUUUGCUGGUUGUUUUUAUUUCACACAGUGUGGUGUUGUUGGAUAUAUAGGCACUAGUGGUUAACAGGUGAUGUUUAAGAGUUAUGCUAUAACAAAUGUGUUUGAUGAUUGAUUAAUCAGUCCAUAUUAUAUGAUUUAUUGUGGGCAGAGAUUUCCUUUCCUUAUGAGUGAGUAAUUUUGGGUGUACACAGUUACAGGGAAUAGUUAAUCUGGAAUGUAUCUUUCUACUUUCUGUUAAGCGUUUAACCUUUUAAAAGGUGUUGGAGUUCAUAUCUGUGAUUUUGGGGAAAGCAUUAAAGUGAUAUGAAAAAAAAGUUGUGCUUUUUCAAAGUGACUCAUCAAAUAAAUGUGAUUGUUUCAGUUAUUUUUGGCUGUAGUUUCAUAUUUUGUGAUAUAUGAACCUUUCUAACUACAGCAAUUCAUUAAACAAGU